AAGCAGCAAGUCACUCCUCCUCAGUUUAAAAGUGAGAAAGUGCGAAAGUGAAACGGAUCUCAGAGUGCUACUGUCUCUCUCUCUCUCUCUCUCUCUCUCUCAGGCUGUGGGUGCAUGAAAAUGGCAGAGGCCAGUAUUUCAGUAGAUCAGGACCAGUUUAGCUGUCCAGUCUGUCUGGACCUGCUGAAGGAUCCAGUGACUAUUCACUGUGGACACAGUUACUGUAUGGUGUGUAUUAAUGACUGCUGGGAUGAAGAAGAUCAGAGGGGGGUCUACAGCUGCCCCCAGUGCAGAGAGACCUUCACUCCGAGGCCUGUUCUACGCAAAAACUAUUUUAUAGCUGAAAUGUUGGAGAAAGUGAAGAAGACAGACAGUCACUGUUACGCUGGACCUGGAGAUGUGGAGUGUGAUUUCUGCACUGGGAGAAAAUUCAAAGCCCUCAUGUCCUGUUUGGUGUGUCUGGCGUCUUACUGUGAAGCUCAUCUUAAACCUCACUAUCAGUCUCCAACGUUUAAGAAGCAUCAGCUGGUCGAAGCUUCUACACAACUACAAGAAAGAAUCUGCUCACAACAUAAUAAAAUGAUGGAGAUCUACUGCCGUACUGACCAUUAUCUGUGUACGAUGCAUGAACACAAAGGCCAAAAUAGAGUUGCAGCUGCGGCAGAGAGAACCGAGAAACAGAAUCAGCUGAAGGAGGUUCAGAGGAAAUCCUGGCAGAGACUCCAGCAGAAAGAGAAGAAGCUGCAGGAGCUGAAACAGGCUGUGGUCACUCUUAAGCGCUCUGCACAGGCAGCAGUGGAGGACAGUGAGAGGAUCUUUACUGAGCUGAUCCGCUCCAUUGAGAAAAAGCGCUCUGAGGCAACAGAGCUGAUCAGAACUCAGGAGAAGAACCAGCUGAGACAAACUGAAGAACUCCUGGAGAACCUGCAGCAGGAGAUUGAUGAUCUAAAGAGGAGAAACACUGAGCUGGAGCAGCUUUCAGUCACAGAGGAUCACAUCCACUUCCUCCAGGGUUUCCAGUCUCUAAAUGUCUCUUCUGGAUGUGAGGACUCCUCCAGCAUCACUGUCCAUCAACAUCCCUCAUUUGAUGGAGUGAGGAAAUCUCUCUCUGAUCUGAAAGAGAGACUAGAGGAAUUCUGCAAGGAGGAGUUCAGUAAAGUCUCUCUACAUGGUAAGAGGACAGGAAAGAAGAAAGCAGUUCAGACCAUCUUAUCCUCAGAGCCAAAAACCAGAGAAGAUUUUCUACAGUAUUUCUGUCGACUGACUCUGGAUCCCAACACUGUAAAUCAUCAACUCAGCCUGUCUGAGCAGAACAGAGUGGUGACGUACAGAGGAGGAGGGCAGCGUUACUCUGACCAUCCACAGAGAUUUGAUUCAGUGUUUCAAGUGUUGUGUAAGGAAAGUGUGAGUGGACGCUGUUACUGGGAGGUCGAGUGGAGCCGUUGUGGGGGUUGGAUGUCCCUCUUGGGUUGGGUGUCCAUAUCAGUGUCAUAUAAACGGAUCAGAAGGAAAGGACAUGGUAAUAAGUGCAGGUUUGGACAAAACAGUCAGUCCUGGAGUCUGAGGUGUUCGUCCACUCUCACUUUCUGUCACAACAACAUUCAGACUGAGCUCUCAGCUCCAUCAUCCUCCAGAAUAGGAGUGUAUGUGGAUCACAGUGCAGGAACUCUGUCCUUCUACAGCGUCUCUGACACAAUGACUCUCCUACACACAGUCCACACCACAUUCGCUCAGCCUCUCUAUGCUGGGUUUGAGGUCGGUCUGAGAUCAUCAGCUAAACUGUGUGACUCAGUAAUGAAAUAUAGAUAAAGAAUGAAGGUCGUUUUAUGUUGUUCAAUGAAAAUGAAAUAUCUAGAUUUGGUACUAUGAUAUUUUUGAGAU